AUAGGGACUGUGGUACAAAACCAAAGAGUAAAUUAAGUACGAAGCAAAUCAAUAAUCGUUACAAAAUACAAAUACGAAAUCUCAAAAUACCGUAGUAAAUACAAAUAAUUUUUCCAAAAAAAUUAAGAACAUAUCGACUUAACUUUAUAAAUGUUAAACAAUUCCAACUGUGGAUAAAGAAAUAAGAAAUCAAUUUAUUUUAUAUUCAUCACAUCUGCAAGAAAAAGUAGUUCGAGUGGGUGGUUAGAAUUAGAACCUGGUCCUGGUUGUGAACCAACAAAAUGACUGAAACGCGCAAAGUUCCGAAACCCUUGGUGAUUGAGUCCUGGUACACGAACCCAGUCGAUCUAGCUCUGAGCUUCCUGGCAGAGAACGGCUGGAACCUUCUAGUCCUUGGAGCAUUGUGCCACUUCUUUUAUGAGCACGUGGGGCCAUACCUUCGGCGCUGGCGCCGCGCGCGCGCUCAUACUGACUACGAGUAUCAUAAAGACCCCGCCGAAGUCCAGACGAGCAAGGAGGGUCUGGAGCAGCAGCGUCUGCUGAAGGAAGCCUCGCUGAGAGACCGACAGCUGAAGCGAGAGCGAGCGGAGCGCAGGCGCCAGCAGAAGCUGCAGAAAUAUCUCGCUGAAGAAGAACUCGGACUCGAAUCUGAAGAUGAAGGCUGCCUCCCGGCAUCUGUGAACGGUGAGCUCAAGCGCUCGGUGUCCUUUCGCGGCGAAAGCUCGGACUAGACUGACCGCGCGGUCUGCACGAUCGUCGCGCGGGUAGGCGGGGGGCGGAGCGGAAAUUUCUGCCUACCCUACAUUCUGCUUUAAUACAGUGAAAGCUCCUCAUAUGGAAUAUGAAUGUUAAACUUAUGAACAGACAUAAAGACAGCCUCCGUGGCGCAGCGGCCUGCGAGAUGGAUUUACAAGACGGAGGUCUUGGGUUCGAACCUCGUUUGGCCCGAUUGAGGUUUUCUUAAUUGGUCCAGGUCUGGCUGGUGGGAGGCUUCGGCCGUGGCUAGUUACAAUCCUACUGGCAAAGACGUACCGCCAAGCAAUUUAGCGUUCCGGUACAAUGUCGUGUAAAACCGAAAUGGGUGUGGAUUUUCAUUCUACUACUAACAUGUGACAUCUUAGAUUGCAUCAUCACUUACCAUCAGGUGAGAUUUUAGUCAAGGGCUAACUUGUAAAGAAUAAAAAAAAUAUAUUAGUAGUGAUAGCCCAGUGGAUAUGACCUCUGCAAUCGAUUCGGAGGGCAUAGGUUCGAAUCCGGUCUGAGUUUCUCAAACGGUGAAGGAAUGAAAUCACGAGGAAAGCAUACCUGAGAAUUGUCUUAUUUCCCUGUGGUUAAGUCUCCCAAUCCUCAUUGGGCCAGCAUGGUGGACUAUUGGCCUAACCCCUCUCAUUCUGAGAGGAGACUCGUGCUCAACAGUGAGCCGAAUAUGGGUUGUUUUGGAUGAUGAUUAUUAAUUUGUAUUGGAUUAUAGUAACGAUAAGUAAUAAAGCGCGAAUAAGGAGCUCUGACUGUAUGUUUAUCUUAACCUUAGCUUCAAAACACAUAUAAUCGUACUCAAUAAGAUGUUUUAUAUAGAGAUAUACUUGGCAGUACGUACAUAUGACGGGUAAUUGCCUGUCUUGUGCCAUUAAAAAAAAAAAAAUUUUUUAGACUAAUUACUAAAGGACCUGUCUCGCUAGAUGUUACUUUUCUGUCAAAGUAUAUGAUUAACGAUCUAAUGCGAUUAUAAAAACUGUUUCUGGACUAAUUACAUAAGGACUUGCCUCGCUAGACGUUACUUUUCUGUCAAAGUAUAUGAUCAUCGAUCUAAUGCAAUUAUAAAAACUGUCUCUAUAGUAUCUAUGUUUCAUUGUUGUAAUCGUGUUCGUCGGUAAAGGAACUCCGUAAAAUACAUUUUUUGUGUUGUUGAUUGGUGUGAAUAUCGGUCAACAACUUCUAGUUUAGUAUAAGAUAUAUAAUCUAAGCUAGUUUUCCAGACAUGACAGACAAUUUUGAUGUGAAACAUCUGUAGCCGCACGUAAAACCGAUUUCUGGCGUGGCGACGCGUCGCUACGCUAUAUGAUGGUAUAUUCUUACAGUCUAUAUGUAGUAGUGUGUACGGCGUGGCGACCCGUCGCCAUGCGCAGUGCGAGUCUCUCCCACUCGAUCCGGCGUUAAGCCAUCUCUCUCGCUACACUGAGCUCGGAUACCUAUAGUGUAUACAGUGUUGUUUAACUUUUACAAAAUAAUGUCGAUGGUUCACAUCUGUCAGGUUCUUAUGUAAUUAGUCUGAUAGUAGUUAUAGAUUCGUCUCUUUCUAACUAGAGGUAUAUUGUAUGACAAGCUACUUUCUCUUUCACAUAUAAUGUAUGCGUAUAUACUCAUAUGUUGUGUAGACAUAGCAAUAUUCUCACUGUUUUUAGUGCAAUGGUAUUAGUGUAUAACAUAUUAGUAAAAUAUCAUUGCAUUGUGUUAAUAAAUGUAGACAUGUAUAUGUCACCGUUAAAUUAUAAAAUACAUUAGUUUAUAAUCUCCCUCGCGAUAUUGUAAUCUGUCGAUAUACUGUGAACUAAACAUACCCACAGAGGGCAGUUUUAUACUGUUACUGUCACGUAACGUAAACGCUUCUAUGGAAUUAAACCAGCCCCAUCUAGUGGCACUACUGCACAACUGUUUCAAUUCCAUAUAAAUUUGCGUUUACGUCAACGGAACAGUAACAGUAUGAAAAUAUUGAAAACUCCCACUAGGCACACUGAUUACAAUUUAACGUGUUAUUUUUCGGUCUACUAUGUAUUCUAUCGGAAGUGAAACCGUUAAUAAUUUAAUAAUAAAUUAAUAAUAAUAAUAAUUUAUUUAUUCAUCAGAAAGCAGGUUUACAAAGAUUACUUAAAUAUAAUAAGACCCUGAUACUUUCUACCAUAAUAAUUUGGUGUAUGAAAAAUUUAAAUAGACUAUGUAUAAUCCUGAUUUAAAAGCAAACAAAUAAAAAAGAAAACAUAUGUAAUAGCUUAUAAAAUUUAACAUUUUAAGAUUCAAUGAUUAUGACAAAUGUAACUCAAAACUACUGUGACAGAUAAAAUAAAAUAAUAGUCAUAAUAUAUACUGUCAAAAUUAUUAAACCUUGUUAAAUUUAGUGCAAAGUCAAGUAAUUCUUACCAGUGAAAUGUUAAAAUGUCAAUUAAAAUUAUGUCAAACACACAUGUCAAUUAAAAUAAAUUGCAAUCUAACCAUUUGACUCCUAAAUAGACGACCGGUCGCCCGGUCGUCCAUUUAGGAGUCAAUCGUGUCCGUUACGUGACAUGUAAAAAAAUAUAAAGUAAACUAAGGGCAAUAGGCGAGCACAGUAUCAUGCUCCGCGCGAUAGAGGAAUAUAAAGAUUUUUUAAAUGGCUCACAACGGUAGAUUAAAACCGUAUUCCCUGACUGUCGGCUUCUUCAACGCAGACGGACUUUUCGAUAAAAUACUCGCGGGCAGCGAAUGGUUAAAAUCGUCAACUGUCCGAAUUUACCCCUGAUUGGUCGGCCUUACAGCAGACCGUUUUGUGUGCAUAGAGGAAUAAAACACAUAAUAUGACAGUCAAAUAAAAUACUUCAAGAAUUGUGACAUCGCGUAUUUAUUUAUUGUUUAUUAUAUCUAAAGAGUCCUGAAAAUUUAUGUUCUAACCUAAUCUAACCUAACUUUAGAUUUGAUAAAAACAUUAUAUUUAUCAAUAACAACAUUUUACUAAUGUAAGAAUAGUGUUUAAAAUUAAAUGUUUAAAAAAAUCAAUAAACGCACCGGCCACCCGUCCGAUUUUCUUUAUUUUUCUUUUUUUUUUGAUUUGUCCAUUGUAAUUUUUUAUUAUAUUUAUUAUGCCCGCUGUAAUAU